UCCUCUCUCUCUCUCUCUCUCUCUCUCUCUGCUUGUUAGGGCUUUUCAGGUUCUCGCGUCUCUCACGGCGCAGUUUAUCGUCGCUAUCCAUAUCGUACGCCGGGGAGUUAAUCAGUUUGAUUCUUUGUCGUUGUGAUCGAGUUCAUAUACUCUCGUUCUUGUUGAGGUUCACGAUCGGGUUUCUAAGGUUUGAUAUUGUUCUUCUUCCCCAUUCCGUGCUCUGUCUUUCUUGCUGGAAAAUCUACUGGAGGAAUUUUGAUUAUUUCUUACUGUUUCGUGGAGAAAUCUGGGUUAGGGUUUGAUGCUUUGGUUGAGCUCGGCAUCGGCCGGACGAGAUAACAGUUUGGUUUUCGUUGGCAAUGGCCAAUCCCGGUGUCGGGACCAAGUUUGUUUCCGUGAAUCUGAAUAGAUCUUAUGGGCAGCCUCCAAGUUCGUUGUCAAAUGCUGGAGCCAACCGAGUACGGUCUGGUAGCCAUGGAAGCAGCGUGGGCGGUGGGAUGGUGGUUCUUUCGAGACCUAGGAGUUCGAUUGUCGGUCCGCAAAAAAUUGGAUCCAAGCUUUCGGUUCCGCCCCCCUUGAAUUUGCCGUCGUUGAGGAAGGAACAUGAACGUUUUGAUUCCUCAUCAACAGGGAUUGGUUCUGCUCGUCCUGGGAGUUCUGGUUCUGGGUCGAGGCCGACUUCUUCUGGUGUGGGCUGGACGAAGCCCGUUCCUUCUACAUUGCAAGACAAGGAUGGUAGUGGCCAUCACCCUUUGCUUGGGAGAUCGGGAGGUGGAGCUCAGGCAGUUGAUGGCGGUGAUCAUCCCUUGAAUUCUAUCGAUGGGGCGUCGAGGGCAAGCAGUGCUUACAUGCCCCCGUCUGCAAGGUCGGGUACUGUCACAACCCCAGUGACUGGUUCUGCUUCUUCUUUUCAGCCGGUUGAGAAGGCUGUGGUUUUAAGAGGGGAAGACUUCCCAUCCCUGCUGGCUACCUUGCCUACCACUCCUGGGCCUGCUCAAAAGCGGAAGGAUACUUUCCAUCAGAAGCAGAAGGUGAGUGAAGAAGCAGCAGAUGAGCAGACAGAGGGUUCCAGCUCAAGGCAAUUCCUCCACAUGCGCCCGCAAGUCCAGUCAUCACGUCAUGGUGUUGGCUCUCUUUCGAAUGAGAACGGUGGCAUGAAUCAUGGGUCCGGUGGUUCUAUCAGAGGGGAACAGUCCCGUAAGUUGGAUGAUCACUUUCCAGGUCCACUGCCACUUGUUCGUCUUAACCACACUUCUGAUUGGGCUGAUGAUGAACGUGAUACGGGUCAUAGUCUGCCAAGUUGGGACAAGGAUCAUGGGUUGUCCAGAAGUGAAGCCCUUCACGACAGAGAUUUUGAUCGUCCCAGGGUUGGUGGGGGGCUACCACGCUCACAUGCUUUUGAUCUUUCUGAUGGUCGGGGUCUUCAUGAUGAUGAUGUUGGAAAGGUUUCUUCAAAGGGAUUUCUACGGACAGACUCUUAUGGCAGAGAUUUUAGAACACCUAGUAGAGAAGGUCAAGAUGGGAGCUCAUGGAGAGCUUCAUCCCUUGCAAAAGAUGGAUAUAGAGCUCGUGAAGUUGGGAGCGAUAGAAAUGGUGCCAGUGCAAGUCCUUUUAGUCUCAAUCGUGAUAUGAACAGAGAUAAUAAAUACAAUCAACCACCGUUUGGAGACAAUUAUCGGGAUUUUAGCAAUGGAAUCAUGGGAACUCAGGAUUCAAGGUUUGGAAGGAGGGAUUUGGGUUAUGUGCAGGGAAACAGACAGAAUGGGAGCCACAUGGUGGAAUCAUUUUCUAAUAGAGGGACUGAACAGAAUAUGCGGGAUCGUGGUGAUACCUCCAAUCAAUACAGAGGUGAUUUCUUCCCAAACAGCUUGGUGCCUAAAACAUCAUUUUCUUCUGGAGGUAAGGGACACUCUGUGAAUGAUCCAUUGCUUGAUUUUGGUAGAGAAAAACGUUCAUUCUCAAACAAUAGAAAACCAGGUCAUGAAGAUUCUUUCUUGAAAGAUUUUGGCACUGGCCUGUUGUUUGAUGGAAGGGAUUCUUUCUCUGGUGGUCUUGUUGGGGUGUUUAAGAAGAAGAAGGAUGUGCUAAAACAGACUGAUUUCCAUGACCCUGUUAGAGAAUCUUUUGAAGCAGAACUUGAGAGGGUACAAAAGAUGCAAGAGCAGGAAAGGCAACGUAUCAUUGAGGAACAAGCGAGAGCAUUGGAGUUAGCUAGGAAAGAAGAGGAGGAGAGAGAGCGGCUAGCUAGGGAAGAGGAAGAACAUCAGAGAAGGCUGGAAGAAGAAGCCAGAGAGGCAGCGUGGAGAGCAGAACAGGAGCGAUUAGAGGCUGUGCGAAAAGCUGAUGAACAAAAGAUUGCUAGAGAAGAGGAGAAACGAAGGAUUCUUAUGGAGGAAGAAAGGAGGAAAGAAGCUGCCAGACAGAAGCUCAAGGAGUUGGAGGCUAGGAUUGCUAGGAGGCAGGCUGAAGUAAUGAAAGAUGAUAAGCUUCCUGCUUCUGUUAUAGCUGGAAGUUUGCCCAGGAUGGUAAAAGAGAAAGUUGUUUCUAGGGAAGCAGAGGUGGGUGGUUGGGAGGAUGGUGAGAGAAUGGUGGAAAGGAUCACAAACUCUGCUUCUUCUGAUUCCUCCAGUCUGAAUAGAUCAUUUGAGAUGGGUUCUAGGCCUCACUCUUCCAGAGAUGGAAAUUCUGCCUUUCUUGAUAAAGGAAAACUUGCAACUUCAUGGAGGAGGGAUGUCUUUGAGAAUUCUAACAGCUCAACCUUCCUUCCACAAGAUCAUGAGAAUGGUUAUCGCAGUCCAAGGAGAGAUGCAUUUGGUGCAGGGAGGGCAUUCCCUAGGAAAGAUGUGUAUGGAGGUUCUGGAGUUGUGUCUGCAAGGGCAACAUCUAAAGGAGUUGCAGAGGCUUAUGUGGUUGAUGAUUUCCCUCACCUGAGAGGGCAGAGAUGGAACCUUCAUGGGGAUGGAGAGCAUUAUGGCCAGAACUCUGAAGUCGACACUGAACUUCAUGAUAAUACUGCCGAUGACAGGUUUGGUGAUAUGGGAUGGGGGCAGGCUCGUUCUCACGUUAGUCAUGCUGCUUAUCCAGAUGGACUUUAUCAAAACUCUGAGGCUGAUGGAUUUUCUUCUUAUGGGAGAUCUAGGCAUUCCAUGAGACAGCCUCGAGUUCUCCCCCCUCCAUUGAUGGCUUCUGUGCAGAAAAGUUCCUAUAGAGUUGAGCCUGAAUGGCCUAAUUCCUCAACUUUUCUAGACUCUGAGAUGAGGUACCAACAUGUGCCGCGAAGAAGCAAACCAAUCUUGUUGACAGGGUAUGAUGGUGGUUACCAGGAGAAGCUUGAACAGCCAGGAAUUAUGGAAGCUCAACAUGAAAAUGCUGUCCCUGAGAAGAACAAACUAGAUAAGCCAGCCACACCAGGGUGCGACUCACAAUCCUCAUUAUCUGUUUCAAGUCCACCCAACUCACCUAUUCAUCUUUCGGAUGAUGACUUAGAUGAGUCUGGAGAUUCUCCUGUCUUGCCAGCUUCUGCUGAAGGCAAAGAGAUGGCUUUAUCUGACAGUGAACAUGUUGCAUCAGCAUCAGAGAUGGGUAAUACCAGUGGGAUAACAGCUUCAAAUUCUAUUGCUCCUCUUGAAGAUGAAGAAUGGGAUAUUGAGAACAAUGAAGAGCUGCAGCUGCAAGAAGAAUAUGAUGAAGAGGAUGACGGUUACCAGGAAGAAGAUGAAGUGCAUGAAGGAGAUGAUGAGAAUGUUGAUCUAGCUCAGGAGUUCCAAGAUUUGCAUGUGGAAGAGAAAGAUGCAUCAGACAAGAUGAGCCAGUUGAUAGGCUUCAAUGAAGGUGUUGAAGUUGGAAUGCCUAGUGGUAACAAGUUUGAAAGAACCUCCAAGAAUGGAGAGAAGGCAGUUCGGAUAGAACAGAAAUCUGUUGGCAUUGCAGAAGAACCUGGAUCUUUUGAUGGGUUGGUUGCUGAUGGACAUAGCCUUCAACCUGAGAAUUACUCUCCUAAAAUGCGUGUGGGAAGUUCUUCUAAAACAAUCCAGGAACCUAAGAAGGCACUCCAAAGUCUGGUUAUCCAGCCUGUGGAUGCUGACCACAACAGAACAACAUCUUCUGGUUUUCUUCUGGAUACUGUGGAAGCGUCUAAUAGUCCCAGUUUUCCAGUUCAGCUGCCAGUAUUAUCUUCUGUGAAUAUGACCCUCCCUUCAUCAGUCCAAUCUGUGGUGUCAACUGUUUCUUCGGUUCCAAGCCAAGCUGAUGGACCUGUCAAGGUGCAGUUUGGCCUGUUCUCUGGCCCUUCUCUGAUUCCAUCUCCAGUAACGGCCAUACAGAUUGGUUCUAUACAGAUGCCACUCCAUUUACAUCCCCAGGUUCGGCCAUCACUAUCUCAAAUUCACCCAUCAAAACCUGUCAACAAUUCUAGUCAGAUCCCCACUGUGGUUCGGCCAUCACUAUCUCAAUUUCACCCAUCAAAACCUAUCGACAAUUCUAGUCAGAUCCCCACUGUGAAAGAUAAAGUGUCGUUUGUAUUGAUGGAUAACCAUGGCUUUGUCCCUAAGCCUUUGGAUGUAUCUCAGGAGAAUGUGGGCAAAGAGGUGAUUUUACCUGCUGGAGGAAGUCUGGAUAAUGUAGUUCUGACAUAUAAGAGUCAAGCCGAGAGCUCCAUUCUUAGUGAAGAGAAGCCUAAGCCUGAUCAAGGUUCCCUGGAUCGAUGGAAUCAUGAUCUUGCCGUGAAGAAGAACAACAUAUCCAUAUCAAAUAAUGGAGAGUCCCAGGGGCGGUUGCAAUCCACAUCAAAUUUAUCCCAGUUUCCUUCAAAUGAAAGAGCUUUGAGUGGGUCCAAGGUUCCAGUCCAAAUCUCUAGUGGAAAAGGAAAGAACCUCAUUUAUACCGUGAAGAAUUCUGGGUUAAAAUCCUCAGUUCCAGUUCCUGAGGCUUCUGCUCAUUCAAAUACCAGUGGAUUUCAGAGGAAGUCUCGACAGAACGUUCGGCGUACUGAAUUUAGAGUGCGAGAGAAUGGUGAUAGGAGGCAAAUGGAAACUGUAGUUUCAUCUAACAGUGGGCUGGAUGGAAAGUCAAAUUUCAAUGGAAAGGUGUCUGGAGUCUCUUCAAGAAGUGGGGCCAAGAGGGAUGCUGUUUUGGCCAAACCAUCCAAGCAGUCAAUUCAUUCUGAAAGUGUACAGUCUGGUUCAAUUAGUUCACGAAUGCUUGAUGAAAGCAAGAUGGAAAAGGGACAAGGGAAAGAAGCAUUGAAAAAGAGGUUUACAUCUUCACUUGGCAUCUCGCCCUCUGGAGAGGGAAACUUGAAGAGAAAUAUCAAUUCUGAGGAGGAUGUUGAUGCCCCCCUGCAAAGGGGCGUUGUGCGUGUUUUCAAACAACCUGGCAUUGAAGCCCCUAGUGAUGAAGAUGACUUCAUCGAGGUGAGGUCUAAGAGGCAAAUGCUGAAUGAUCGGCGAGAACAGAGAGAAAAGGAAAUUAAGGCCAAGUCUAGGGUAAUAAAGGGACCUCGUAAACUCCGUUCUUUCUCACAAAAUGCUGUUACUCCCAACAAUUCAAAUAAAGUUGUCACAUCAUUAGGUGAAGCAGCAAGAAACUUGCAUUCUGAAUCUGUUGUCACUGAUGGACGGGCAUUGCCAAAUGUUGAAGUGCCAGCUGGAUUUACUUCCACUGUGAUAUUACAACCCUUGCCUCCAAUUGGCACCCCUGCUGUGAAUACUGAUGCCCAGGCUGACAAAAGAUCCCAUCACGUAAACAGGUCUCUCCAGACAAGCGCCAUUUCUGUCAUAUCUAGUGGUGGAACAAGCCUUGGCCUGGGCUUACCAUUUGAAAACAAGAAUACGGUUCUGAGUAAUGUUCAAACAUCCCUGGCUCCCUGGGGCAAUGCACGGAUUAAUCAACAGGUUAUGGCCCUAACUCAGACCCAAUUAGAUGAGGCUAUGAAUCCAUCAAGAUUUGAAGCACAUGUUGCUUCUAUUGGUGAUCACACCAGCACUGCUAUCGAGCCCAGCAAGCCAUCACCACCUCUCAAGACGCAGGACAAAUCAUAUUCUUCUGCAGGAAGUCCACUCAACUCCCUGCUUGCAGGGGAAAAAAUUCAAUUUGGUGCGGUUACAUCACCCACUAUUCUACCUCCAGGCAGCCGGGCCGUUUCGAAUGGGAUUAUCUCUCCUGCUGCUUGUAGGUCAGAUCCAAUUGACCACAACCUGUCUGCUGCUCAGAAUGAUUGUACGUUGUUUUUCGAAAAAGAGAACCAGCCUGAUGAGUCUUGCAUUCAUCUGGAAGAUCCUGAGGCUGAAGCUGAAGCAGCUGCUUCUGCAGUUGCUGUUGCUGCUAUCAGUAGUGAUGAGAUAGUCGGGAAUGACCUGGGUGCAUGCUCUGUCUCUGUUUCAGAUACCAAAAGCUUUGGAGGUCCAGACAUGGAUGGGUUGACUACAGGCAAAGGUGUCACUGGUGACCAGCAAUUAGCAGGUCAGUCAAGGGGUGAAGAGUCCCUGACUGUAACUCUUCCAGCUGAUCUCUCUGUAGAGACUCCAUCACUUUCCUUAUGGCCACCUUUGCCAAGCCCACAAAAUUCUUCUAGUCAAAUGCUUUCACAUUUUCCUGGGGCCCCGCCUUCCCAUUUUCCUUGCUAUGAGAUUAAUCCCAUGUUGGGAGGGCCUAUUUUUGCCUUUGGUCCACAUGAUGAGUCUGCUGGUACUCAGUCGCAGUCGCAGUCGCAGAAGAGUAGUACUCCAGCUUCAGGGACACUGGGAGGCUGGCAACAAUGCUAUUCUGGUUUAGACUCUUUCUACGGUCCUCCAGCAGGAUUUACAGGACCUUUUAUCAGUCCUCCUGGAGGAAUUCCAGGUGUUCAAGGCCCCCCUCACAUGGUUGUGUACAACCAUUUUGCGCCAGUAGGACAGUUUGGGCAAGUCGGCUUGAGUUUCAUGGGCACCACUUAUAUUCCCUCUGGCAAGCAACCUGAUUGGAAGCACAAUCCAACGUCUUCAGCAAUGGGUAUUGGUGAGGGGGACAUCAACAAUACGAAUAUGGUUUCUGCACAACGCAAUACCCCAAGUAUGCCUGCUCCCAUCCAGCAUCUUGCCCCGGGAUCAUCACUGUUGCCUAUGGCUUCUCCUUUGGCCAUGUUUGACAUGUCCCCUUUCCAGUCCUCAGCCGACAUACCAGUCCAAGCUCGCUGGUCUCACAUUCCUGCAUCACCAAUGCACUCAGUCCCUUUAUCAAUGCCAUUGCAGCAGCCGGCAGAGGGUGUAUUGCCGUCACAGUUCAGCCAUGGAUUUUCUGGGGACCAAACAUUAUCUGUUAACAGGUUCCAUGACCCUCAUGCUUCAGCACCUUCGGACAACAACAGGAACUUCCCUGUGGUAGGUGAUGCCACUGCUACUCAGUUGCCUAAUGAACUAGGACUGGUACACCCUUCAAGUUCCAGCACCACCACCCGGGUUUCAACCAGCAGGCCAGCUUCCAACAGCUUACUUGGUGCAAAUGGCAAUGUCCAGAAUGUUGUCACAAAUAACUCAUCGAAAUGUGCUAUAACUAAUGCUGGCGAGAGUGGUGGUAUUCACAACAAUAUGAGCACUAGCAGCAGCCAGGGCAUGACCUCUGCUUUCAAGGCGCAGUCUUCUCAGCAGCAGACUUCAGCAACACAGCAGUAUCUUCAUCCAACUGGGUAUAUGGACCAGAGAACUGGUGGAAUUUCUCAGAAGGUAAAUUCCGGGAAUGAAUGGUCCCAUCGGAGAAUGGGGUUCCAAGGAAGGAAUCAAUCAUCAGGAACAGAUAAAACCUUUGCCUCUAAAAUGAAGCAAAUUUAUGUCGCUAAACCGGCUUCUAGUGGAGCUUCAGGAGCAGUUUGAGAACUGAGGUCCAGGGUGUUUUUGAGGUUUGAUGAGG